UAUACCCUUCCCUGUUUUUAAACUCUUUUUUCUGAGCGCCGGUACCAAUGCAGAAAUCUUUCAAGAAACCCUCGAAUCGCUCCUCCCCUCCUCAUCGGCCCCAACUCCCUCUCCGUUUUCGUUCUCCGAGAUCGAUUUCGUUUCCUAAAAAACCCUAAUUUUGGUCGUUUCUUCUAAGAUCGGAGGGGCGCGACUCGAUCGCCGUGAGGUUUGCGGGACGGGAGGGGGCUGGAAGAGGGAUGGACGGCGGCGGCGGGGGAGGCGGAGGAGGAGGGGCGGCGGCGACAAGCGCGAACCCGAACCUGAACGCGAACAUGCCGCCGCCUUUCUUGAGCAAGACGUAUGAGAUGGUGGACGACCCGGCUACGGACGCGAUCGUGUCGUGGGGACUGGCGAACAACAGCUUCGUAGUGUGGAACACGCCUGAGUUCGCCCGGGACCUCCUCCCUAAGUAUUUCAAGCACAAUAAUUUCUCCAGCUUCGUCCGCCAGCUUAACACCUAUGGUUUUAGGAAAGUUGAUCCUGAUCGAUGGGAAUUUGCUAACGAGGGAUUUUUGAGAGGUCGAAAAGAUCUGCUGAGGACCAUUAAUAGGAGAAAACCCUCUCAUGCUCAUAGUCAAACACAGCAGUCUCAGCCACAGAAUGCUUCAGUUGCAGCUUGUGUUGAGGUGGGGAAGUUUGGGUUGGAUGAAGAAAUUGAGAGGCUGAAGAGGGACAAGGAUGUACUCAUGCAGGAACUGGUCAGGCUGAGGCAGCAACAGCAGACCACAGAUCAUCAGUUACAGACCUUAGGUAAACGCCUUCAAGGAAUGGAACAGCGCCAGCAACAAAUGAUGUCAUUUUUAGCAAAAGCCAUGCAAAGCCCAGGCUUUUUAGCUCAAUUGGUGCAGCAGAAUGAUAACAGCAGACACAUAGCUGGAGGGAACAAAAAACGGAGGUUGCCUAAGCAAGAAGGCAGUUUGGGUGGUGAUAGGGCAUCAUCGCUCGAUGGCCAGAUAAUCAAGUAUCAGCCUCAAAUGAAUGAAGCAGCCAAGGCAAUGCUAAGGCAGAUUCUGAAAAUGGGUUCAUCUCAGCCUAGGCUGGAAUCUUUUAGCAACCCUGAUAAUCUUUUACUAGAGAAUUUCCCUACAUCGCCCGGAGCAUUUGACAGUAGUUCUUCAAGUUGGAAUUCUGGAGUGACCCUUGCAGAGGUCCCUCCUAAUUCAGGGUUUCAGUAUGUUCCUGCGAGCUCUGGGUUCUCAGCAAUUGGCUCGUCUUCAGCUGUAUCUGAGAUUCAGUCUUCUGGAGGUGUAACAGAUAUGGUUGCAACCAACAAAUUGUCAGAUAUGGAUGUUUUAUCUGCAGUUCCAGAUUCCAUUGCUCCAUCAGAUAUGAAUCUUCCUGAUUUUCCUGAAUUAGAAGGGAUUGUGCCUAAUGACAGUGUUGACAUUCCAAGUGAGAGCUUUGCAAUGCCUGACCCCGAGAGCGUGUAUAUUGACCCUCUUACAACAGGAGUGGAUGAGGCAGCAAUUCCAAUUGAGAUGGAGAAGCCAUCCGUGGAUACUAUUAUCGAUAUCUUGGCUGAGGAUCAAAAGCUUCCGGGCAUUAUUGAUUCAUUUUGGGAACAAUUUCUUUCAGCCAGUCCUCUAGCAGGAGAGACGGAAGAGGCCGAGUCGAGCAUACAGGAAACAAAGGAGAUUCAGCUGGGGCCAGAGAAUGGUUGGAACGGUGCACAGAAUAUGGAGCAUCUUACAGAACAAAUGGGGCUCCUUUCUUCUGACCCCAAACAAUGAUAUCGAGCCAAUGCAGUUCUUUCUGACUCAAAGCUAAUAUGGGUUGCACUGUGCACGCGUGCCCUCGCCGGUCCAAAGCUACACCAACAGCUGAAUUUUGGCACCUGAUCUCUUGGUCUUUACUUGCAAGAUAAAUGACAAUCAUAUACAGGCAUCCAGUGACUCAUUUUUGCGUUCAGAUGGCUGCCAUGUGGUGGCCUCUGCUUGUCCUUAGGCAGCAGACCGUGGGCUAUGUUAAUGUUCUGUAUGUGAAGUUGCAUCCAUCACUAUUCACUUUAAAUAUGCUCUGGUAUGAAUGCUUCUCCCAUGCAGCACCACUCUGGUUUAUAUGCCAGUAGAAGUAAGACAAGGUGAGGAGAUACAUCGUCACACGUUGGGAGAGACAGGAUGGAUGCAUCAUUAUUUAUAGAGCUACGAAUAAAGUUAUUUGUAGCAAGACUAUGUUAAAUGUGUUUUCUGACAUGGAAAGAAGUGUUCUACGUUAGCAUCAUUAUUUAUUAUUACUACUUAUUUUCA